AUGAUUAAUAAUAAUUAGAUAUAGGAAGCACUAAUAAAUGGCUCCGAUACUGUUUCAUAAAUAAAUUCAGAAGAUGAUCAUAGCAACUAGUAAGGGACUAGUAGUAAUAUACAUAAACGCAAAUCAGAUGCCUCUUUCCUUUAGAAGAUAUCGUUUGAUGAAGCCUUGAAAUAAGUAGGUGCUGAAAAUUGGUAUUAAAUUAGGGCCUUUUUAUAUUUUAGCAUGUAAUGGUUUUUUGCUGCAUGGAUACUCUUAGGCAGCUAAUUUAUUCUAUUUCCAGCUGAAUUUGACAGUGAUUUUUGUGGUGACUUAUCAAAUGAAGAUUGCUAGGAAAAGGUAUGCAAACAGGAAGAUCCUUUGUAAUACAUGACAAAUAAAGAUACAUCUAUGAUAGGAACUUUUAAUUUAGUUUGUGAUAACACAAAAAUUAGUAUCAUAUAAAGUGUCCCAUAUUUAGGUUCUUUAAUAGGUUUCUUUUUAUUUUCAUGGAUAGCAGAUAACAAAGGUAGAAGAAUAGCACUAGGAAUUUCAUGGCUCUUAGCAUCUCUUGGUGCUCUUUUACUAGCGUUGAGUUGGGAUUAUUACUCUGCAACUAUUGGUUUUUUUAUAGCUGGUUUUGGUGUUAACCCUGCAAUUACAGUUUAGCUUUCAUUGUUGAGUGAGCAUUCAAUUGGUAAAAUAAGAGAAUACACUACUAUUGGUGUUUAAGUGUUUUAUGGUAUUGGCGAAUGUGUAAUGGUAGGUAUAGCUUAUGCUGUUCCAAACUGGAGACAUCUAACACUCUAUUUUUUAGCUAUUCCCAUGCUACUUAUUAAUUUUGGUAUCUUUUUAGUUUAUGAAUCUCCAAAGUUUGUAUAUGAAAGAAAUACUUUUGAUGCUUUUGAAAUUUUAAAUAAAAUUGCAGUAGUUAAUAAAAAGGAGUCAUUAAAAGUGAACACUCUGAUGAGUGUAAUAAAAGAAAAAUCUGAAAAUUCUUUUUCUGUUAUCCAUCUAUUUAAGUACUCAUCGUUGCGUUUAAAGACAAUCUUUUCAUGCUUAAUUUUCUUUUCUAUUUAAGCUGUGUAUUAUGGAGUAACUUUUGCCAUGAGUAAAAUAGGGUUAGACCUUUAUAAAAAUACAAUAAUUAUUUCUUCUGCUGAAACUUUGGCAUAUCUAACUACAGACCAUUUUAUUCCUAAGAUCAAAAGAAAGUGGACAACUUUAAUUGGGCUCAUUAUUUGUUGUGUUCUUUCUCUUUGCUAUCAAUUUUUAAAGACACCUAGUGAUUGUGACAUGUGUACUAUGGUUAUCAUCUAAAUUGUAUUUGCAGCAAUAAUCAGAUUUUCUAUUUGCUUUGUAUGGACAGUUGUUUAUAUGUAUAUGACGGAGUUAUUCCCAACUGUAGUAAAAAGCUUGGCUUUAGGAAUUAUUUCUGCAUCAGGUACUAUUGGAAGCACUGCUGCUCCUUAUAUUGGUAAUGUUUCAACUGCUAUUGGUGUAAGUCCUAUGAUCUCAUUAGGAGUUCUAGGUCUGGUUGGAGUUGCUUCAACUAUUCCUUUAAAAGAAACGCUAGGUUAACCUUUAUAAAAUUAAAUAGAAGAACUCUAAUCAGAAGAAGAUAAAAUUAUUCUAAUUAAAUGA